AUGCCAAACAAAGAAGACGCUCUGCUGGGAGAAGGCGCGUUCGGAAAGACUUAUAGAAUGAAAAAUACGAUUGAUGACAUGGCAUAUGCUGUCAAAAUGAUCAACGUGAAGAAGCUGCAGAGAAAUGGAAUGUCUGUGCAGUCUUUGAAGAGAGAAGUUCAGAUGCUUCUGCAGUUGAAUUCCGCAUACAUUGUUCGUUAUUACACAUGCUUCAUGCGCAAGAACGGCAAGUAUUUCUGUAUUGUGAUGGAGUUGGCUGCUGGUGGAACACUGUCCGAGCUAGUAAAAAAGCGAAGAGCUGGAGAAGUACCUGAGGAGCGUAUACGUAUGUUGGCGCACCAGAUGGCCAACGCUCUGGCGCAUAUUCAUUCCAAGAAGAUGCUGCAUAGGGAUUUGAAACCAGACAACGUGCUGUUGUCAGGAGAUGGUUUGGAGAUCAAGGUAACGGACUUUGGUUUGGCUUGUGUUGCAUCUUCUGCUGGAGCAAACUCCAGAGCUGGUACUUUGACGUAUUCCUCGCCGGAGAAAGCAGGAUCCAAGGGUUACGACAGCAAGGAUGAUAUCUGGGCGCUCGGCUGUAUUCUGGUGGAACUG